UCGUUCAACCAAUUUUAUUACUCAUCAAAAUUCUCCACUCUCCACUCUCCAAAUCCCAAACAACAACCACCAAUCAUGGCCUCCGUCGUCGCCGCAGCCUCCUCCUCCUUCAUCGGAACCCGUCUUCCGGCAGAACCCUCAUCUGGAUCCGCCAAGAUCCAAGCUCGAUUCGGGUUCGGGUUAGGUAAGAAAGCCCCAGCAAAGAAGGCCGUUAAAAAGUCCACCACACCCGACCGUCCACUCUGGUUCCCUGGUGCUAAAUCCCCUGAGUGGUUAGACGGUAGCUUGGUCGGCGAUUAUGGGUUCGACCCAUUUGGCUUAGGAAAACCAGCUGAGUACUUACAAUACGAUUUGGACUCGUUGGAUCAAAACCUUGCAAAGAAUUUGUACGGGGAAAUUAUUGGUACCCGAUCGGAGAGCUCGGACGUCAAUUCCACACCUUUCCAACCUUACACUGAAGUUUUUGGUCUUCAAAGGUUUCGUGAAUGUGAACUUAUUCAUGGAAGAUGGGCUAUGUUGGCAACUCUCGGCGCCCUCACCGUUGAAUGGCUCACCGGAAUCACUUGGCAAGACGCCGGAAAGGUGGAGCUAAUCGAUGGUUCGUCAUACCUUGGACAACCGUUGCCAUUCUCCAUAUCCACACUGAUAUGGAUUGAAGUGUUGGUGAUCGGGUACAUUGAGUUUCAGAGGAAUGCUGAACUUGAACCGGAAAAGAGGUUGUACCCGGGUGGUAAGUUUUUUGACCCGUUGGGUCUGGCUGCUGACCCUGAGAAGAAGGCAGUUCUUCAACUCGCCGAGAUUAAGCAUGCCCGUCUUGCUAUGGUUGCUUUCUUGGGUUUUGCAGUUCAGGCUGCUGCUACUGGAAAAGGUCCGCUUAACAACUGGGCUACCCAUUUGAGUGACCCGCUCCAUACCACCAUUAUUGACACUUUUUCCUCCUCUUAAUUUUAUUUAUUUUCUAUUUGGAGAUCAGUCAGUUUGGGGGCUCUAUUUUCUUCUAAUCAUGUUGAACAUAUUAUAUAUAUUGUAAAAAAUGUAUCUUAAUAUUUGACACUUGAGGCACCAUGGUAUGUUAAUCAAUAUGUCGCAAUGAUUUCCAUUU